AUGGCUGCCCUGAGCGAAGAAGCGUAUGAGGAAGAGCAUGUUCAUCGUGUGUACGACCAAAUCGCAAAUCACUUUUCCGCAACCCGAUACAAGCCCUGGCCUGUUGUAGACAGAUACCUCUCUUCGCUGUCUCCCGGUUCCGUUGGUGUCGAUGUUGGAUGUGGAAAUGGCAAGUACUUGGGUUUAAAUUCGAAUGCAUACUUGAUUGGAAACGAUCGCUGCUCCAACCUCGUCCGUAUCGCCAGCAACCGUGGACCUGCUCUUGUUGCAGACGGUCUAGCGGCUCCUCACCCGACUGGACGUUUUGACUUCGCCAUCAGCAUCGCAGUGAUCCAUCAUUUCAGCACACCUGAGCGUCGCAGGGAGGGAAUUGCCGAGGUGCUCCGUGUUCUCCGUCCCCAAGGCACAGCCUUGUUCUUUGUUUGGGCCCUGGAACAACAGAAUUCACGCCGGGGAUGGAAGGAAGGAGACAGUCAGGACGUUUAUGUUCCAUGGGUCUUGGGCGACCGGUACCAGGGAGGGAAGAAGAAGGAUAAAAAGGAGAAGGGGGAGUCCUCAACGGGAUCACCAGCAGCAUCUUCAGUUGCAACUGAAGCUGCUGAUGCCUCUGAGCUGGUCUCUGCCGCCUCCUCGAAACCCGAGCCUGUUGUCUAUCAACGCUACUACCAUCUCUUCAAGAAGGGAGAACUAGAGGAAUGCAUUCAGAGUGUUGGAGGCACUGUGAUGAAAGCGGCUAUGACCGGGAUAACUGGUGGGCGAUUGCUCAACGGUAGCGCUACGUCUAAUGCACGUCCUCUCCACGGCCAUUGA